AUCACCGACAAGAAUGAUGGUCGCCUUCUUGGCGCCCUCAAGCAGCUUGUCAACACCAAGGACAACGAGGACACCGCUGAUUGGAAUUCCUCGAAAGGGGAGCAAAGGUACGACAAGGACGACCUCAGAGCCUUCCACAAGUACAAGAAGAAGGUGGACAUUUGGAGGCUUCAAGCCCAGCAGUAUGCCCCCGGCAAGGAGUUGGCGUUGCUCCUGUACACUUCGUUGAGCGGCGAGUGUGAGCAGGAACUGAUCUACCAGGAGAGCGGCAUAGACCUUAUUCUGGAGCAGCUUCGAGGCCCCAUGGAGGCGAAGGAGAUCUUCCAGAAGCGGAAGUUCCUCACGGAUUUCGAGACGAUCGCCCGGUUCCCAGGCGAGCAUCUUCGGUUGCGCGUGGACCAGCAGCGCCUCAUCUUGGUCGGGGCCCGUCAGUCCUUGGCAUACGACAUCUACGAGGAGGUGGACAAGGAGGUGAGUCUUCUUUGUCCAGUCGCCAAGUCUAUGCUACUGCGGCUGCCCCAGAACAAGAACCAGAUCAUGAGCCCAAUCACGACCGACCCCGACUAUGAGAACCAGACGCUCGACUCCAUUGAGGAGGAACAUGGGGCUGGUCAGCCCGACCCGGGAGACGAUCAAGACAUGGAUCUUGCCGAGCUGGCGAUGUUCACGGUCACAGCCCGCAAAAGUAUGACUCUCGGGAGGAAAUUCAGUGGUCAGCCCAAGGGCGGUGUUCUGGCAAGAAGUCACCUGCGGAGCUGA